AUGUCUCAAUUUCAUCAAGCAGUUGCCAUGCUCUGCAAUUUAUACACUACUGUAUUUAUCGCAACAGAACUCAUCGACAGGGUCCCUCACCGUCCCUCUCUGCUCCUCAUUCCCUUCAUAUCUUCUGAAGUUCUUCGUGAACUUCACUUUUUCAGGGUCUAUGUUACUCAUCUUCUACCAAAACGUCCCGUACCACUUAUCAUUCCUCUUACAUCUAUCCUGAUUCUUACCCUUUCACUCAUACUCUGUCUCGGUUUUCCAGAUCGGGAGCCUCAACAAACAGAGUCGCAAACAGCACAUCCCGCUGCUCCAUCGAUGGAUAGCCAAGACCGUGAGGAGAACGAAGAUCACUCCCGAGAUCUCAGCAACGUUAAGAUGUCAUCUGAUAUCUCCUUGGAGAACUCCACAGGCAACUAUCUCAGGAAGCUUCCUAGUCAUAACUCACUUGCUUACACCCUAUUCAAGGUUCUUGAACGUCUGUGCAACUACCGGAUGGCAGUUGUUAUCCAGUGUAUCUCUAUGGUCUCUGAAAUCCUCCCUCAAGAUAUCUACUUACAGGGCCGCAUGUACCAGAACACGUAUGAUACCUAUUUUCUUGUGAGCAGAAGUGGUUCUGUUCAAUAUGUUUUGGGUGGGAUCUGCGAAGUCUGCUCUUAUUGGCUGGAAUUGAUCUUUGUGUCUUAUGCGAUCCGCUGGUUCGUGUUGCCAUUGCUAUAUUUCUUGGUGGCUGUUAUGUAUACGGCCUCUACUGACGGUACAGUUUAUGACCGUGCGAUAGCAUUCGCACAUUGGGCAGAACAGGGGACUGAAUGGUCCACUGCAACUGUCUUCUUUGGAUGGCUUAAGGAUUGGAUGGCGAGACGCAACACUUCAAGCAAGUGA